AUGCGCCUCUACCUCCUCCCUAUCUCGACGAGGCGCACGCUGCUAUACUGCCAGCGCCUUAAUGCCCCCGCCUCAGAAAAACAAACGUGGGCCGAUUGGGUCCAGUCGAAAGCCGCGCGCACAUGGUCCGGCUGGGAGCAAAAGGAAAAGGGCUGGCAGAAAUCAGUCGUGAACUACGGCAACCAGGUACUGCGCCGCAUUCCCUACGAGGAAUGGGGGCUCAAGUCCGUCCCUCCGCUGUCGCAGCGCCGGAAGCAGGUCGAGUUAGGGGGGUCUGAGAGGGUCGAAGUCGUCUACCCGAAGACGCUGCUCGCUAUGGACAGGAUACCGGAGAUACUACGCGUCCUGGCAACUGAGAGGCAGGCAUUACACAAGCGGCGGCUCAUUUGGUGUUUUGUGGGCAUGCCUAUAUCCGCGCCUAUUGCCCUCCUCCCGGUUAUCCCUAACCUCCCCUUCUUUUACCUGGUCUACCGCGCUUGGUCACACUGGCGUGCUCUCAAUGGCGGGAAGCACGUCCAAUUUCUCGUCAAGAAUAAUCUUUUGACCCUGACACCAUCUCCCCUUCUUGACGAGGUGUACGCGACGCAAAAGGAGCCUCUCCCAUCCACCCCCCAGCCGACAACCAAUCCCAGCGUGAAGGCUGUCAGCAACCCAGGACAUGCCGCGCCAAACGCAGAGGAACAUCCAGAUGGCGAGACUAUGCUCCUUUCCCAAGCUAAGGGCAAGAAAAUGACGCAAGCGUUGGAUCUGGCGCAACUUGAAGUUGAAUUGGAACGAGCAAUAUGGCAGGUCGGGACGGCCAUCAAUAAACGAAACGCGGAAGCUACUGCACAAAAACAACAAACCGCGCCAAUCGAGGACGAGAAGAAAUCACAAUGA